UUGAAACAAACAUAAACACAGCCGUUUUAGUAAAACCCCCACGUUUCCAUUUAAAACCCCACAAAAUCCGCUUCAGACAAGAACAUUUGAACUCCAAUGGCGAUGUUUGAGUUAAGAUUAGUUCUCAUUUGUUUACUGUUUAGGCUUUGUUUUAGUGAAGAUGCUUCCAAGUAUGUUACAUUGGAACUCUCUUACAUUACUGCCUCCCCUCUUGGUGUUCCCCAGAAGGUUAUAGCAGUUAAUGGAAAGUUUCCAGGUCCUAUUAUUAAUGUAACCACUAAUGAAAAUGUCAUUGUGAAUGUGAGAAACAAAUUGAAUGAGAAUGCCCUUUUAACAUGGCCUGGAGUACAGAUGCGCCGUACUUCUUGGCAAGAUGGAGUUCUUGGAACCAACUGUCCCAUUCGACCAGGGUGGAACUGGACCUAUCAGUUCCAGGUUAAGGAUCAGAUUGGUAGCUUCUUUUACUUCCCCUCGCUCAACUUUCAGAGAGCAUCAGGUGGUUUUGGUUCUUUUGUUAUUACUAAUCGGAAAGUUAUCUCGCUGCCAUUUAAUAUGCCUGAUGGGGAUAUAGUCAUUCUUAUGGGCGAUUGGUAUACCAGAAGCCACACGGCCCUGAGGGCAUCCCUUGAUUCGGGCAAGGACCUGGGAAUGCCAGACGGUGUCCUGAUUAAUGGCAAGGGACCUUAUCAGUAUAAUGCGAGUGUACCAAAUGGCAUUGAAUAUGAAACAAUUAAUGUUGAUCCAGGCAAAACCUAUCGGGUUCGUGUGCACAAUGUUGGUGUCUCAACAUGUCUGAACUUUCGUAUUCAAGGCCACAAUAUGCUAUUGGCAGAGGCCGAGGGAUACUAUACGCAACAAAGUAAUUAUACUAGCUUAGACAUCCAUGUUGGGCAAUCUUAUUCUUUUCUAGUUACUAUGGAUCAGAAUGCAAGUAGUGACUACUACAUUGUAGCGAGUCCUAGAUUUGUUAAUCAAUCAAUUUGGCAGAGAGUUACUGGUGUUGCUAUCUUGCAUUACUCCAAUUCUAAAGGAAAGGCGACUGGUCCUCUUCCUGAUCCUCCUAAUGAUGUUUACGAUACAUCAUAUGCAGUGACCCAAGCAAUGUCCAUCAGGCAAAAUGUCUCAGCAAGUGGUGCUCGUCCUAAUGCACAGGGGUCUUUCCAUUAUGGUCAAAUUCAAGUGACCGAGACAAUUGUCUUGAAGAAUGUGCCGCCAGCUAUAAUUGAUGGAAAACUCAGAACUACAUUAAAUGGCAUUUCAUUCGUCAAUCCUGAUACUCCAGUCAGGCUUGCGGACAAGUUCGAUGUCAAGGGGUCUUACAAGCUUGAUUUCCCAAGUAGGCCACUCAAUAGACCACCUCGACUAGACAGAUCUAUCAUCAAUGCAACAUACAAAGGAUUUAUAGAAAUUGUACUGCAAAACAAUGAUACUGUAGUUCAGAGUUUUCACAUGGAUGGCUAUUCAUUUUUUGUAGUCGGGAUUGCUUAUGGGGAAUGGACUCAAAAUAGCCAGGGCUCCUACAAUAAAUAUGAUGCUAUAGCUCGCUCAACCACACAGGUACUUCCUGGAGGAUGGACAGCGAUUUAUGUAUCCCUAGACAAUGUUGGAGUAUGGAACCUUAGAGCUGAAAACCUAGACAGAUGGUAUUUAGGACAAGAAACAUAUAUGAGAGUUAUCAAUUCUGAACCUGAUCCUAGCAACAAAACAGAAUUCCCUAUGCCCGAUAAUGUUCUCUUUUGUGGUGCUCUCUCACAUUUGCAAAAGCAACAGGAUCCAUCUUCAGCAGCAUCAAUCAACGGAUGGUCAACACUGAUUCUCAUAACAUUAUCUGCUAUGAUAUCUACAUGGCUAUGACCUUCAUCGAAAUGGCUAGGCAUUUUGCACCAUGUUGGGCCAGUGGAGAAAGGUAUGGUAUACUUGUAUGGAAGUUGUCUAGAUUAACAUUGUCCCCCUCCCUUAAAAAAAGAUGGUAAUUAUUUAGUUUUGCAAGUAUUUUAUCUAGCAGAGUCUUUGCAAUGUUACUUGUUUAUUUACCUUAUUCUACUAGUCCAAAGUACAGAGUGAUGCCAAUCCACCAAGCUUUUUGUACCAAUCUGAGUUGGAAUGUUACAUUCUAUUUAUUGAGUAUUUCAAAUUUUUUUCCUUGUA